CCCGUGCCCAGCAAACGAACGAUGCCUCCAAUUUGGGGGGCCAAUUUUUUGUUGAUUUUAUCCUUUACGGUUUUUGCGGGUACGGACGCGGACUUGUUCAGUAAUUCCUUUUUGGUACGGUUCAAAAGGGAUUUGGAGCCUGAGGAGGCUCACCAUGUGGCGAAACGUCAUGGGUUCGUUAAUAUGGGACCGGUCUUACGGUCGAAAACCGAAUAUCAUUUUGUGAAUCAUGCUCUGCCUCCUGUUAGGUCCAGAAGAAGCAUUUCACAUACUAGAAAGCUAAAAUCAGAUCCUCUGAUUCACACGGCAAUUCAACAACCAGGCUUCAAACGAGUCAAAAGGGGUUACAAGCCUCUCAAAGUCGAGAACCUGGUGCAAAAUAUCGAGCCGCAUCAGGACCCCACCGAUCCUUAUUUCGUUUUCCAGUGGUACCUUAAGAAUACAGGCCAAAAUGGCGGCAAACCAAAGUUGGAUCUUAACGUUGAGGCUGCUUGGGCCCAGGGGGUCACUGGCAAGAAUAUUACCACGGCCAUUAUGGAUGACGGUGUGGAUUACAUGCAUAAGGACUUGAAGUUCAAUUAUAACGCAAAGGCGAGUUACGACUUCAGCAGUAACGACCCUUUCCCUUAUCCGAGGUACACGGAUGACUGGUUUAACAGCCAUGGAACAAGAUGUGCAGGUGAAGUAGCAGCAGCACGGGAUAAUGGGAUUUGUGGCGUGGGAGUAGCUUACGAUUCCAAAAUUGCCGGCAUAAGAAUGUUGGACCAACCGUAUAUGACAGAUUUGAUCGAAGCGAACUCUAUGGGGCAUGAACCAAACCUAAUCGAUAUCUAUAGCGCUUCCUGGGGCCCCACCGAUGACGGAAAAACCGUCGAUGGUCCACGGAAUGCCACCAUGAGAGCCAUCGUAAAAGGAGUAAAUGAGGGUAGAAACGGCUUGGGUAAUAUCUACGUAUGGGCAAGUGGUGACGGAGGUGAAGACGACGAUUGUAAUUGUGACGGUUAUGCUGCCAGCAUGUGGACGGUGAGCAUUAACAGUGCAAUCAACGAUGGCCAAAAUGCUCACUAUGAUGAGAGCUGCUCAAGUACUUUGGCCAGCACUUUCAGUAAUGGGGCCAAAGAACCUAAUUCUGGAGUGGCGACUACAGAUCUUUAUGGAAAAUGUACCACAACACACUCUGGGACCAGCGCAGCAGCCCCGGAGGCUGCCGGGGUAUUUGCUUUGGCAUUGGAAGCGAAUCCCAAGCUAACAUGGCGAGAUAUCCAACAUCUGACUGUUCUCACCUCAAAACGCAACUCCCUUUUUGACGCCAAAGGCCGUUUUCACUGGACAAUGAACGGCGUUGGCCUGGAAUUCAAUCAUCUUUUCGGAUACGGUGUGUUGGACGCAGGUGCGAUGGUCGCCCUGGCUAAACAGUGGAAAACUGUUCCGCCAAGGUAUCAUUGCGAAGCAGGCACAGUAAAUAAAAUGCAAAAAAUUCCUUCCAAGGGGUCCUUGAUGUUGAAAAUCAAUACGAACGCUUGUAAGGGCGAUAGCACGGAAGUGCGAUACUUGGAACAUGUACAGGCGGUUAUUUCUUUGAAUUCUACGAGGCGUGGAGAUGUUGAACUGUUCCUUACGUCGCCAAUGGGGACUAGGUCGAUGAUAUUAAGUAGGAGGCAGAACGACGAUGAUGACAGGGACGGUUUCUCAAAAUGGCCAUUUAUGACUACACAUACUUGGGUCGAAUAUCCGCAGGGAACGUGGAUUUUGGAGGUAAAAUUCAAUUCUGAAAUGCCCCAAGUUGGUUUUUUUAAAGAAUGGAGCUUAAUGCUCCAUGGAACCAAAGAACCCCCGUAUACGGAACUGCCCGUGCUGGAUCCUCAUUCCAAGUUGGCGAUCGUUAAGAAGGCGCACGAAGUAAGAAGCAAAAUGUAAUCAGGAUGGAUUUUUUUUUAAUGUCUUAAGUUCUGUAGUAUUUUCUUUUCAAUUUACAAUAAGUGAAUAAUCGGGUGUCUUUCCAGUACUAACUAAUCAUAUCUGAGCUAGAUAGAAAUUGACCUUUCUUAUUUUAGAAUUCAUUUUAGUGACACCCUGUAUUACCUAUUAAAAUGUAUGUGAUGUUUAUGCACAAUUGGUAGUAAAAUUGGAAAAUACCGAGUUUUGAUGGAUUGUAUGGCGUAGCAUUUAUUUAAUUUUAUAAUUAAUUGUGCCGUACCUGAAAUUAUAAUUUUGUUAAGAAAUAUUUUAGAUUUUACUAGUAUAAUAUAUUUUCCUAUAGGGGCAAGAACUUUAAGCUUUCUAGUGGUCUUGUCUGUACUUAGAUAGAUGAAAAACUAGCAUAUAGAAAUUAUUUCCAAAGAUAUAUCCUAAAAAGAUUAUAAAUAAUAUACUACUAAUCUAAGCCAUAUUUUUGCCUUUUUUUAAUUUAUGAAAAAAGAGGCAAAAAAAUAGAAACACCAAUAACAUUCCUUAUCUAAGUAGAUUAGACAUUGAAAAAUGUUUUAGAAAAAAACUUCUGUGAAUCCCAUAAAAUCAAAACUAUCAGCUUUUUCAACAUUAAAUCUUAACGCGGGUAUAUAAGGGAAACUCGAACAUGAUCUUUCUUUAGUAGGUACUCCUGUGGUAAGAUUAGAAAAAUAAAGAAAACUGACCAGUUUUAUAUAAAAGAUAAUAGUAGUAGGAAUUAUUUAUUAUUUGCCCAUAUAUAGCGUAUAUAAAAAGUUAUAUUGUACAUACAAAGAAUGGAAUAUAUCCCUUUAAUAUUAAGAAGUGUACAUUUAAGAUUAAUAAAAGAGUAUCUAAACAUACUAAAAAA